CAAUCUUCCACCGAAGGCGCUGCGCUCUCCUCUGCUCCAGCCUCCUGCAGGGACCGCCGGGGAGCGUUCCUCCUCCGCUCGGGUCCCCUCUCCUGCGGAAAGAAAGGGACGCGUCACCGGGAGCGGGAAAACCAUGCGCCAGGUCCAGCGUCACUGAACGCAGAAGCCCAGGGACACCCACUUCUUCAGGUUUGCUCAGGGUUCACACGUGGUGCUUAGACAAAUCCAAAAUGAGGAAGCAUCGGCAUUUGCCCCUGGUGGCCAUCCUUUGCCUUUUGCUUUCAGGCCUUUCGUUGACUCACGCUCAACAGCAACGAGAUGUCAAAAGUGGUGCCGCUGCCGAUAUAAUAUUUCUAGCGGAUCCCUCUUGGAGCAUUGGAAAGGACCGUUUCCAACUCGUCCGAGAGUUUCUGUGUGAUGUUAUAAAGUCUUUAGCGGUGGGAGAGAAUGAUUUCCGUUUUGCUCUGGCCCAGUUCGACGGCAACCCACAUACCGAGUUCCUGUUAAACACGUACCGUUCCACACAAGAGGUCCUCUCCCACAUUUCCAACAUGUCUUACACUGGGGGAAGCAAUCAGACCGGAAAAGGAUUAGCACACGUAAUGCAAAGCCACCUCACUGAGGCCGCUGGGAGCCGGGCCCGGGACGGAGUCCCUCAGGUUAUCGUAGUGUUAACCGAUGGACGCUCGGACCGCCGCCCCGUGCUGUCCUCCGCGGAGCUUAAGUCUGCUGACGUUAACGUCUUUGCGAUUGGCGUCGAGGACGCGGACGAAGGAGCCUUAAGAGAAAUAGCCAGCAAGCCGUUCCAAAUGCAUGUUUUCCACCUAGAGAAUGCCACCUCACUUCAUGACAUAGUAGGCCACUUAGUGUCCUCUGUGCGCUCGUCCGUGGCUCCAGAAAGGCCUGGAGACACAGGGACCCUUAAAGACAUCACAGCACAAGACUCUGCUGACAUUAUUUUCCUUAUUGAUGGAUCAGACAACACCGGAAGUGUCAAUUUCACAGUCAUUCGGGACUUCCUUGUAAAUCUCCUUGAGAGACUGUCAAUCGGAACUCAGCAGAUCCGAGUGGGGGUGGUCCAGUAUAGCGAUGAGCCCAGAACCAUGUUCUCCUUGGACACCUACCCCACCAGGGCUCAGGUCCUGGACGCGGUCAAGGCCCUCGGGUUCAUGGGCGGGGAGCUGGCCAACGUCGGCUUUGCCCUUGAUUUUGUGGUGGAGCGCCACUUCACCCGGGCAGGGGGCAGCCGACUGGAAGAAGGGGUUCCCCAGGUGCUGGUCCUCAUAAGCGCCGGCCCUUCUAGUGACGAGAUCCGCGACGGGGUGGUGGCGCUGAAGCAGGCCGGCGUGUUCUGCUUCGCGCUCGGAGCCGAGGCCGCGCCCCAGGCCGAGCUCCAGUACAUAGCUACCAAUGACAACCUGGUGUUUACUGUCCCGGAAUUCCGUAGCUUUGGGGACCUCCAGGAGCAAUUACUGUCGUACAUUGUUGGCGUGGCCCAAAGGCUCAUUGUCUUGCAACCGCCAACCAUUGUCACACAAGUCGUCGAGGUCAACAAGCGAGACAUAGUUUUCCUGGUGGACGGCUCGUCGGCACUGCCCCAGACCAACUUCAACGCCAUCCGCGAGUUCAUUAUCAAGGUCAUCCAGAGGCUGGAGGUCGGGCCGGACCUCGUCCAGGUGUCGGUGGCCCAGUACGCGGACACCGUGAAGCCCGAGUUUUAUUUCAGCACCUACCCCAGCAAGAAGGAGGCCGUCCAAGCCGUGCGGAAGAUGAAGCCCCUCGGGGGCUCGGUGCUGUACACGGGCUCCGCUCUGGACUUCGUCCGCAACAGCCUGUUCACGGAAGCAGCCGGCCACCGGGCCGCCGAGGGCGUCCCGAAGCUCUUGGUGCUGAUGACGGGCGGUAAGUCCCUGGACGACGUCCGCCAGCCGGCCCAGGAGCUGAAGAGCAGCGGCAUCCUGUGCUUUGCCGUCGGGAGCAGGGCCGCCGACCAGGGCGAGCUGGCGGACAUGGCCUUUGAUUCGUCCCUGGUGUUCACCCCGGCUGAGUUCCAAACCGCCCCCCUGCAGGCCACGCUGCCCAGCCUGCUGGCGCCGCUCAGAACCCUCUCCGGAACCACCGAAGUUCACGUAAAUCCAAGGGAUAUCAUCUUUCUUUUGGAUGGAUCGCUCCACGUCGGAAAGACCAACUUCCCCUAUGUGCGGGACUUUGUAAUGAACGUAGUUAACAGCCUCGAUGUUGGAAGCGACAGGAUUCGUGUGGGGGUAGUGCAGUUUAGCGACACUCCGGUCACGGAGUUCUCCCUGAACACGUACCAGACCAAGCCAGACAUGCUCGCUCACCUGCGGCGGCUGCAGCUCCUGGGGGGGUCGGGCCGGAACACGGGCGCGGCGCUGCGCUACGUCCGGGCGCACCACUUCACCGAGGCCGGCGGCAGCCGGAUCCGCGCACGCGUCCCGCAGCUGCUGCUCCUGCUCACGGCCGGGCGGUCCGAGGACUCCUACCUGCACGCUGCUAAUGCGCUGGCCCGCGAGGGCGUCCUGACCUUUUGUGUGGGAGCCAAGCAGGCGGAUAAGGCCGAGCUUGAGCAGAUUGCUUUUAACCCGAGCCUGGUGUAUCUCAUGGACGAUUUCAGCUCCCUGCCGGCUUUGCCCCAGCAGCUGAUUCAGCCCCUAACCACAUAUGUUAGUGGAGGUGUGGAGGAAGUCCCACUCGCCCAGCCAGAGAGCAAGCUAGACAUCCUCUUCCUCUUCGACGGCUCAGCUAACGUCGUGGGCCAGUGGCAAGCCAUCCGCGACUUCCUCUACAAGAUGAUCGACGAGCUCGACGUGAAGCCGGAUAGGACCCGAGUGGCCGUGGCUCAGUACAGCGACGACGUCAGGCUGGAGUCUCGCUUCGACGAGCACCAGAAUAAGCCCGAACUCCUGAGUCUGGUGAAGAGGAUGAAGCUCAAGACCGGCAGGCCCCUCAACUUGGGCUACGCCCUGGAGUACGCGCACAGGUCCAUUUUCGUGAAGUCAGCUGGGAGCCGCAUCGAAGAGGGCGUGCCGCAGCUCCUGGUGCUGCUGGUGGCAGGGAGGUCGGCCGAUCGCGUGGAAGAGGCCGCACGGGAGCUGAGGCAGAGCAGGGUGGUGACGUUCGCGCUGCAGGUCAAGAACGCAGACCGCGCCCAGCUCGAGCUCAUAGUGCUGUCCCCCGCCUUCAUCCUGGCUGCCGAGUCGCUCCCCAAGAUCGGAGACCUUCAGCCACAAAUUGUGAACCUCUUUAAAACAGUGCAGACUGGGCUGCCAGCGCCAGUUUCAGAGGCGAAGGACGUGGUAUUUCUGCUCGAUGGCUCGGACGGUGUCCGGAGCGGCUUCUCUCUGUUGAAAGAUUUUGUCCAGAGCAUGGUGGAGAGCCUGGACGUGGGCCCGGACCGCGUGCGCGUGGCCGUGGUGCAGUACAGCGACCGUACCCGGCCCGAGUUCUACCUGAACUCCUACAUGGACCAGCAGAGCGUGGUCAACGCCGUCCGCGGCCUGGCCCUGCUGGGAGGGCCAGCCCCCAACACGGGGGCCGCCCUGGGCUUCGUCCUGAACAACAUCCUGGUCGGCUCGGCCGGAAGCAGGAUCGCGGAUGGUGUCCCGCAGCUCCUGGUCGUCCUCACAGCCAGCAAGUCCGGGGACGACGUGGGCGGCCCCUCGGGGCUCUUGAAGAGGGGCGGUGCGGUGCCCAUCGGCAUCGGCGUCGGCAACGCCGACAUCACAGAGCUGCAGACCAUCUCCUACAUCCCUGACUUCGCUGUGGCUGUCCCCGCCUUCGAGAAGCUGGCGGACGUCCGGCAGCAGCUCUCCCAGCGGGUGAUCCAGCUCAGCAGCGAGGAGCUGAAGAAGCAGCCGCCGGUUUUUCCAACAAGGCUGGGUGCUGGUGGCAAGAAGGACGUGGUCUUCCUCAUCGACGGGUCCCAGCCCGCCGGCCCCGAGUUUCACAACAUCCGCGGGUUCAUCGAGAGGCUGGUGGACUCGUUGGACGUGGGCUUCGACACCACGCGGGUGGCGGUCAUCCAGUUCAGCGAGGGCGACCCCAGGGUGGAUUUCCCGCUCAACGCCUACUCCAGCAAGGAGGAGGUGAAGAGCAUCGUGCGGCGGCUGUCCCCCAAGGGCGGGAGUCGGGCCAACAUCGGUGGCGCCCUGGAGUACGUGUCCCGGAACAUCUUCAAGCGGCCCCUGGGGAGUCGGAUUGAGGAGGGCGUCCCUCAGUUCCUGGUCCUCGUUUCAUCCGGGAAGUCCAGCGACGAGGUGGGAGACCCGGCUGCGGAGCUCAAGCUGGCCGGCGUGGCGCCGCUGGUGGUGGGCCGCAAUGCGGACCCGGAGGAGCUGGCGAGGAUCUCCCUGAGCCCCGAGUAUGUGUUCUCGGUGAGAACCUUCCGGGAGCUGCCCAGCCUGGAUCAGAAGCUGCUGACGCCCAUCACGACCCUCACCUCCCAGCAGAUAGAGCGGCUGCUGGCCAGCGCGCGCCACCCUCCGCCAGCUUUUGAGAGCGACGCCGCCGACAUCGUCUUCCUCAUCGACAGCUCAGACAGCGUGAGGCCCGAAGGCAUCGCGCACAUUCGAGACUUUAUCCUCAGGAUCGUCCGAAAGCUCCACGUUGGCCCCAAUAAAGUGAGAAUUGGGGUUGUGCAGUUCAGCAAUGAGGUCUUCCCUGAGUUCUACCUGAAGACCCAUAAGUCCCCAGCUGCUAUCAUCAGCGCCAUACGCGAGCUGGGGUUCAAAGGCGGGUCUCCGCUCAACACGGGCAGAGCUCUGGAGUUUGUGGCGAGAAAUCUCUUCGUCAAGUCCGCCGGGAGCCGGAUAGAAGACGGAGUGCCCCAGCACCUGGUCCUGGUUCUGGGGGGCAAUUCCCAGGACGACGUUUCCAGGUUUUCCAAGGUGAUGCGCUCCUCAGGGAUUGUGAGUUUAGGGGUCGGAAACCAGCACGUUGACAGGGCAGAGCUGCAGACCAUCACUGACAACCCCAGGCUGGUCUUCACGGUGCCAGAGUUCAGAGACCUCCGCAACGUGGACGACAGGGUCCUGAGCUCCAUCGGCCCCUCUGGGGUCACGCCUGCGCCUCCGGGAGCGCAGAUGACCCCCCCGCCGCGGACAGACAAAAAGAAAGCAGACAUCGUGUUCCUGUUGGACGGCUCCAUCAAUUUCCAAAGGAACAGCUUCCAGGAGGUGCUCCACUUCGUGUCUGACAUUGUGGACACAGUCUCCGGGCAGGACGACUCCAUCCAGGUGGGGCUGGUCCAGUACAACUCCGACCCCACCGACGAGUUCUUCCUGAAGGACUUCGCCACCAAGCAGCAGGUCAUCGACGCCAUCAACAAGGUGGUCUACAAAGGGGGGAGGCACGCCAACACCAAGGUGGGCCUCGAGCACCUGCGGGUGCAUCACUUCGUGCCGGAGGCGGGCAGCCGCCUCGACCAGCAGGUCCGCCAGAUCGCGUUUGUGAUCACGGGAGGGAAGUCCAUAGAGGACGCGCAGGAGGCCAGCCUGGCACUCACCCAGAGGGGGGUCAAGGUGUUCGCGGUGGGCGUGGGGAACGCCGACUCCGUGGAGACCGGGAAGAUCGCGUCCAACAGCGCCAUGGCCUUCCGCGUGGGGAACACCCAGGAGCUGUCGGAACUGAAGGAGCAGGUGCUGGAAACCCUGGAUGAUGCCAUGUACAAGAUCUUGUGUCCGGGGCUCACGGACGAGUCCAAAGCCUGCAGCCUGGAUGUGAUUCUGGGGUUCGACGGUUCACGAGAUCAGAAUGUCUUUGUGGCUCAGAAGGGCCUCGAGUCCAAGGUGGAUGCCAUCUUGAAUCGGAUCAGCCAGAUACAAAGGCUCAGCUGCAGCGGGGGUCAGAUGCCCACCGUCCGGGUGUCCGUGAUGGGCAACACGCCUUCGGGCCCUGUGGAGGCCUUCGAUUUUGCCGAGUACCAGCCGGAGCUGCUCGACAAGUUCCGGAACAUGCGCAGCCAGCACCCCUACGUCCUCACCGCGGACACGCUGAAGGCCUACCAGAGCAAGUUCCGGCAGGCCUCGCCGGCCAGUGUGAAGGUGGUCAUUCAUUUUACUGAUGGGGCGGAUGGAGACAUGGCUGCUUUACAAAAGGCUUCGGAGGAGCUCCGACGAGAAGGUGUCCGCGCGCUGAUCCUGGUGGGCCUCGAGCGCGCCCCCAACUUGGAGCAGCUGAUGCAGCUGGAGUUCGGCCGAGGGUUCAUGUACAACAGGCCCUUGCGGCUCAACUUGCUGGACCUGGACUACGAGCUCGCGGAGCAGCUGGACAACAUUGCCGAGAAAGCUUGCUGUGGGGUGCCCUGCAAAUGCUCCGGAGAGAGGGGAGACCGCGGACCCAUCGGCAGCAUCGGGCCGAAGGGCAUAUCCGGAGAAGACGGCUACCGAGGUUAUCCCGGUGACGAGGGGGGACCCGGUGAACGGGGUCCUCCCGGGGUGAAUGGCACUCAAGGCUUCCAGGGCUGCCCCGGCCAGAGAGGAAUAAAGGGCUCUCGUGGGUUCCCAGGAGAGAAGGGCGAACUAGGGGAAAUCGGGCUAGACGGACUCAACGGCGAGGAUGGAGACAAGGGAUUGCCUGGUCUUUCUGGAGAGGCAGGAAGUCCCGGGAGAAGGGGUGACAAAGGCCCUCCAGGAACAAAAGGAGAAAGAGGAGAUGUUGGAAUUCGAGGCGACUCGGGUGACCCGGGACGGGACAACCUGCAGAAAGGACCCAAAGGGGAGACCGGAGACGUUGGGCCCAUGGGUCUCCCUGGGAGAGAUGGGGUGCCUGGCAGCCCUGGGGAGCCUGGGAAGGACGGCGACGCUGGCCGGAGAGGACCAGUGGGAGCUAAGGGCAGCCAGGGGGGUCCCGGCCAGGCGGGCUCCGCGGGGGAACCGGGCACCAGAGGUGCACAGGGUCCAUCUGGCCCCCCGGGCCCCCCGGGCCAGAUCGGCGAACAAGGCAUCCCUGGACCCCGGGGGAGCGGAGGGCCCGCCGGAGCUCCCGGAGAACGCGGCAGAGGCGGUCCCCAGGGGAGAAAGGGUGAACCCGGAGACCCAGGACCAAAGGGAGGCAUCGGGAGCCGGGGGCCCCGUGGGGAGAUGGGGGAAGACGGCCGAGAUGGGAUCGGUGACGAAGGGCGCAAAGGCAGGAAAGGAGAAAGAGGAUUCCCCGGAUACCCAGGCCCGAAGGGCAUCCCGGGCGAGCCAGGAACAGGGGGAUUGCCGGGCCCCAAAGGCAUCAGAGGCCGAAGGGGAAAUUCGGGACCUCCAGGGGCGAUUGGACAGAAGGGAGACCCCGGUUACCCAGGACCAUCUGGACCCAAAGGCAACAGAGGCGACUCGAUCGAUAAAUGCGCCCUUGUCCAGAGCAUCAAAGACAAAUGCCCCUGCUGCUACGGGCCCCUGGAAUGCCCCGUCUUCCCGACCGAGCUGGCCUUUGCUCUGGACACCUCGGAGGGGGUCACCCAGGACGCGUUCAGCCGGAUGCGGGACGUGCUGCUGAGGGCUGUGGGCGAUCUGACCAUCGCGGAGAGCAACUGUCCACGGGGGGCGCGCGUGGCCGUGGUCACCUACAACAAUGAGGUGACCACGGAGAUCCGCUUUGCCGACUCCAAGAAGAAGUCCGUACUCCUGGACAGGAUCAGGAACCUCCAGGUGGCUCUGACGUCCAAGCAGCAGAGCCUGGAGACCGCCAUGUCGUUCGUGGCCAGAAACACGUUUAAGCGCAUGAGGAAUGGGCCCCUGAUGAGGAGAGUGGCCGUCUUCUUCAGCAACAAGCCCGCACGGGCGUCCCCGCAGCUCAGGGAGGCGGUGCUGAAGCUGUGGGACGCGGACAUCACGCCCCUGUUCCUCACCAGCCAGGAGGACCGGCAGCUGGCCAACGCUCUGCAGGUCAAUAACACCAAAGUGGGGCACGCGCUUGUGCUGCCUGCCAGGGGGGACCUCACGAACUUCCUCAAGAACGUCCUGACCUGCCACAUUUGCCUGGACAUCUGCAACAUCGACCCGUCCUGCGACUUGGGCAGCUGGAGGCCGGCCUUCAGGGAUAGGCGGGCGGCAGGCAGCGACGUGGACAUGGACGUGGCGUUCCUCGUAGACAGCGCCGAGCCCACCACUCUGUCCCAGUUCAACGAGAUGAAGAAGUACAUCGGGCACCUGGUCCGGCAGCUGGACCUGAGCCCUGACCCCCGGGCCUCCCAGCACUUCGCCCGGGUGGCGGUGGUGCAGCUCGCGUCCCACGAGUCCGCGGGCCACGCCAGCGUGGCCCCCGUGAAGGUGGCCAUCUCCCUGACUGACUACGGCUCCAAGGACAAGCUACUGGACGCCCUGGGCGCCAGGGUGACGCAGCUGCAGGGGACCCAGGCCUUGGGCCCCGCCAUCGACUACACCGUACAGCACGUCUUUGAAAGCGCGCCCCACCCGCGGGACCUCAAAGUCCUGGUCCUGAUGCUGACGGGCGCGGUGCAGGGGCAGCAGCUGCUGGAGGCCCAGAGAGCCGUCCUGCGGGCCAAGUGCCAGGGCUACUUCUUCGUGAUCCUGGGCGUUGGCGAGAAGGUCAACGUCAAGGAGGUGUACAGCUUCGCCAGCGAGCCGAACGACGUCUUCUUCAAACUGGUGGCGAAGCACGCGGAGCUCAGCGAGGAGCCCCUCCUGCGCUUCGGGAGGCUGCUGCCGUCCUUCAUCAGCAGUGAAAAUGCGUUUUACUUGUCCCCAGACAUGAGGAAACAGUGUGAUUGGUUCCAAGGGGACCAGCCGGCAAAGAAUCCCAUGAAAUUUGGUCACAAGCAAGUAAACACUCCGAAUAACGUUACGUCAAGUCCUACAUCCAAAACAGUGAUCGCCGCAAAGCCGGCAGCGGCCGGCACCAGCAAACCCGCGGCCGCAGCAAACCUGCCCGCUUCGAAGCCGGCCGCCCCGAGACCCGCGCCGGCAAGGCCCGCGCCCGCCAGGCCCGAGGCCCCAAAGACGGCCACGGCCAGACCCCCCGUGGCCGCGAAGCCCGUCGCCGCGGUGAAGCCAGCGCCUGCAAGACCCCCCACCGCUGCCAGGCUGGCCCCCGCCAAGCCCGAGGCCCCCAAGUCCCCAGCAGCCAGGACGGCCGCCGCCAAGCCCGUGGGUAAGAAAGCGGCCGCCAGGGCCCCCCGAGAAGUGCAGGUGUCCGAGAUCACCGAGACCAGCGCCAGGCUCCACUGGGAGGGGCCGGAGCCCCCCAGCCCUUAUUUUUACGACCUCACCGUCACCUCAGCCCACGACCAGUCCCUGGUUCUGAAGCAGAACCUCACGGCCACGGACCGCAUCCUGGGGGGCCUGCAGGCCGGGCAGACGUACCACGUGACGGUGGUCUGCUACCUGAGGUCGCAGGUCCGGGCCACCUACCGCGGAACUUUCAAUACAAAGAAAACUCAGUCUCCACCUCCGCAACCCGCAAGAUUGCCUGCCAGUUCAACCGUCAACCUCAUGGUGAGCACGGAGCCGCUGGCCGGAAGUGAAGGAGACAUCUGCAAGCUGCCCAAGGAGGAAGGCACGUGCAGGAAGUUUGUGCUCAAGUGGUACUAUGACGCGGAGACCAGGAGCUGCGCCCGGUUCUGGUACGGCGGCUGCGGCGGGAACGAGAACAGGUUCGACUCCCAGCCAGACUGCGAGAAGGUCUGUGGGCCCGCGCUCGUCAAACCUGGCGUCAUCGCGGCCAUCGGGACCUAGCGUGGCUGGCCAGGGACGCGCGCCUCUGGAAGAAGGAGCCAGCGCCGACAAGUCGUUUUCCUAGAAGCUCUGGGCACGGGCUCCCCGGCACUGUGCCGCCCCAUGCUUUGAUUUACACUCGAACUUGGGAGGAACCGCCUGCCGCAUGACCUAUCAAUAUGGUGCUACGGUGUCUGUGGACCCCGCGCCCUCGUCU